AAGAGAGUUUCCAUAUCCAUUGUGUGUGAGUCCUUGUAAUAAGCCUUGGUCCUUUCUUUUCCUUUACUUUCUUACUAUUUACGGUAUAAUUUAUUAAUUGAGGAUAUAUUAUUUUACUUUUUUAGUUUUAACAAAUUGAUUAAAGUCGUAAUACUACCUAUAUUUUGUUAAUGUAAGUUAAUUUAGGCUUAAGAUGAGUUUCAAGAUGGAAAAAUAUUUGAGAGAAAAUUUUGAGGUUGAUCCAAAGAGACCUUCUGAAGAAGCUUUAAGACGAUGGAGAUCUGCUGCUUGGCUUGUCAAAAAUCCAAGGCGACGCUUUCGUAUGGUCGCCGAUCUUGCUAAGCGUCAAGAAGCCACUCGGAAACGCCUAAAACUUCAGGAAAAAAUACGAGUUGCUUUGUACGUUCAAAAAGCCGCUUUACAUUUCAUUGACGGAGCUAGGAAAGAUGAUGAAUACUCCUAUAUUGUACCUGAAGACGCCAAACAAGCUGGCUUCAACAUUCAUGCAGACGAGCUAGCAUUGAUUGUGCGGAGUCAUAAUCAACGAGGCCUAAAAAAUCAUGGUGGAGUUGAUGGAAUUGCAAACAAAAUUUCUACAUCUCUUAAAGAAGGAAUCAACUCGAAAGAAACCAAACAACGCCGAGCCAUCUUUGGCUUUAAUCUUUUUGUGGAGAAACCUUGUAAGAAUUUCUUGAGUUUUGUGUGGGAUGCGUUACAAGACUUGACCUUAAUCAUCCUCAUGAUCUGUGCUGUUAUUUCUAUUGGAGUGGGUUUAGCAACUGAAGGGUGGCCUAAUGGAAUGUAUGAUGGGUUAGGGAUUAUACUUAGUAUAUUGUUAGUUGUUAUGGUUACUGCUAUUAGUGACUAUAAGCAAUGUUUACAAUUCAAAGACUUGGACAAAGAAAAGAAAAAUAUAAAAGUUGAUACUACAAGAAAUGGACAAAGGCAGCAAAUUUCAAUCUAUGAAUUAGUUGUUGGAGAUGUUGUUAGUUUAUCAAUAGGAGAUCAAGUUCCUGCAGAUGGUUUGUUCAUAUCAGGAUAUAACUUAUCAAUCGAUGAAUCAAGCUUAUCAGGGGAGAGUGAACCUGUUGAGGUGACAGACGAGAAACCUUUUCUACUUUCAGGGACUAAAGUACAAGAUGGUUCAGCUAAAAUGCUCGUAACGGGUGUUGGUAUGAACACCGAGUGGGGAUCUUUGAUGGCAACACUUAAUGAGGGAGAUGAAGAAGAGACACCAUUACAAGUUAAGCUAAAUGGUGUAGCAACUAUUAUUGGGAAAAUCGGGUUAGGAUUUGCUGUAGUCACAUUUUUGGUGUUGGUUGGUCGGUUUGUGGUUGGUAAGAUGUUGAAUAAUGAUAUGAACAAUUGGUCUUCAAUUGAUGCUUUAAAGCUAUUAAACUAUUUUGCAACUGCUGUCACUAUUAUUGUAGUUGCAGUUCCUGAGGGAUUGCCAUUAGCUGUGACUCUAAGUUUGGCAUUCGCUAUGAAGAAAUUAAUGAAAGAUAGGGCGCUUGUCAGACAUUUAUCGGCUUGUGAAACAAUGGGAUCUGCGAGCUGUAUUUGUACCGAUAAAACAGGAACAUUAACAAAUAAUCAUAUGGUAGUUACUAAAGCUUGGAUUCAUGGAAAAAGUAUGGACACAAGUAGUAAAGAUGUAAUGAAAUCAAAUAUAUGUAGCACGGUGUUGGAUGUCCUUCUUCAAGCCAUUUUUCUUAACACAGGAUCUGAAGUGGUUAAAGGGGAGAAAGGAAAGACGAAGAUUUUAGGCACUCCAACUGAAACUGCAAUCUUAGAGUUCGGGUUGCUUUUAGGAAAUAAUUUUGGUACGCUACAAAAGGAGUCGAAGAUAGUGAAGGUUGAGCCAUUUAACUCUAUAAAGAAAAAGAUGUCCGUUCUUGUUGCUCUUCCAUCAGGAGUACUUCGAGCUUUCAGCAAAGGCGCAUCAGAAAUACUACUAGAAUCGUGUGACAAGGUUUUGGACCCAAAUGGAAAACCAGUAGCACUAUCACCAGAUUUGAGACAGAAGAUUAAUGAGGUUAUAGAUAAAUUUGCAUCGGAAGCUUUAAGGACUCUAUGCAUAGCUUACAAGGAUGUGAAAGAAAAAAUUGACGCUGAAGCGAAUAUCCCUGAAGAUAACUUGACAUUGAUUGCAGUUGUUGGGAUAAAGGAUCCUGUACGACCAGGAGUUAAGGAAGCCGUUCAAACAUGUUUAGCUGCCGGGAUUAGUGUUAGGAUGGUUACUGGGGAUAAUAUUAAUACUGCAAAAGCCAUUGCUAGAGAAUGUGGGAUCUUAACGAGAGAUGGAUUAGCAAUAGAAGGACCGGAAUUUCGUAACAUGAGCCCUAGAGAAAUGCAACAUAUUAUUCCAAAUUUGCAGGUCAUGGCACGUUCAAUGCCAUUGGACAAGCACACACUAGUAACACAACUUCGGCAAACAUUCAGAGAAAUUGUGGCAGUAACUGGAGAUGGGACUAAUGAUGCUCCCGCUUUGCAUGAAGCGGACAUUGGCCUUGCUAUGGGAAUAGCAGGAACCGAGGUUGCCAAAGAAAAUGCUGAUGUUGUUAUAAUGGAUGACAAUUUCACAACCAUAUUAAACGUUACACGUUGGGGUCGUUCUGUUUAUAUAAACAUUCAGAAAUUCGUACAAUUUCAGUUAACAGUUAACAUAGUUGCUCUUGUGAUCAACUUUGUUUCCGCUUGCAUUUCAGGAUCUGCCCCUCUAACAGCAGUUCAGUUGCUAUGGGUGAACAUGAUUAUGGACACCCUUGGAGCGCUAGCAUUAGCCACAGAGCCACCUAAUGAUGAACUAAUGAAGCGACAACCAAUCGGUAGAGAUUCACAUUUUAUAACUAACACCAUGUGGAGGAAUAUUAUUGGCCACAGCAUUUACCAGUUGGUCGCACUCGGAUUUCUCCAAUUUGAAGGAAAGCAGCUACUUAAUCUAAAUGGAUCAAAUGCCACUAUAACUCUCAACACCUUUAUAUUCAAUACCUUUGUUUUCUGUCAGGUAUUCAAUGAAAUCAACAGCAGAGACAUGGAGAAGAUAAAUGUAUUGAAAGGAAUAUUUGGAAACUGGGUAUUCUUGGUGAUCAUAGCUGCAACUAUAGUGUUUCAGGUGAUAAUUGUAGAGUUUUUGGGCAAAUUUGCAGAUACAAUCCCAUUAAGCUGGAAGUUAUGGGUGUUAAGUAUCGGUAUUGGAGCAGUAAGCUUGGCAGUUGCAGUUGUGUUAAAAUGUAUCCCAGUUGACAACUUCAGGUCUACCAAGCACCAUGAUGGUUAUGAAGCUUUGCCUACCGGUCCUGAACUGGCCUAAACUAGUAGUAAUUUGCACUUGUUCUUGAUAUUAAUUUACACAUUACAAUUAAUAUCACUUUUUCUUUGGGAAUAUCAAUACAAUUAUUUUGUCAACUUUUACAUUGAAAUACACUGUAAACAUGUCUAUCACUACAUAUAUGAUUCUGAAC